AAAAUGCAGGCCGGAAUGCAGCUGCAGAAUGAAGCUGCUCCUUCAGCCCCAGAAGAAGUAGACCGUCUGGGCGGGGCUGUUGGUACCGGAGCUGCAAACCCUUUGGGGGAAAAGCUGUCUGUUUGCCGUGUGGUAGCAACUGGCAUCUACCCUUCCAUCUGCAUCGUUGAUGCCUGUGGGACAGGCAGCGCCUCUGGCAUCAGCAAGCUGCACCUCUGGAGACUCUUUUCUUUGGAGAGACUGAACCAAUAUCUGGAGCGAGAGCCGACACCCCAGGAGCUCACUUUCCGAGUGCCUACCAGACACAGCACUCAGCGAAUACCCCCAGUUUACACACCUGUCAUGGUAGAUUUCAAUUUUGGAGCUGCUCCAGUUGGAUGUGAGCCCUCUAUGGUUGUGCUGAUGAUACAGAACAAUGGAAUGAUACCUGUAAACUGGGAUUUUCUUUUUCCUUCUGACCAGAAGAUUGACAUGGAAUAUUGGGCAGAAAGUACUGAGUUUGAUCCCAGUGAGUUGCAUCAGAUGCGAAUCCAGGAUAAUCAGCUUUUCACCAUCGCUCCCAAGUCAGGAAAGCUUCCUCCAGGGCAAGAGCAAAUUAUACACCUGUCUUACAGACAUGAUUUCAUUGGCACUGACCGACUUCCAGUCCUACUAAAAAUAUCCCACGGUCGAGAAAUUCUGCUGAAUUUCAUUGGUGUGACCCUGAAGCUGGGAUGCCACUACAUUCACUUCACUUCAGCUAAACAUAUGUUCACACCCAUUGCUAUUGGCACAUAUAAUUCUCCUAAACAAAUUUAUGAAUUGUAUAAUGGAGGUUCUACCAGUGCAGUCUAUGAAAUUCAGACGGAUGCCCUCCGGCAGGUAGAGAGAGAGAAUCACCAUCAUGCAGUUUUUACCUGCCUGAAUCCAAGAGGAGAGAUUGGCCCCGGAUUAACAGCCCACACUGAAUGGAUUUUUUGCCCACUGGAAGCCAAAAUGUAUUCGGUGGACGUACCUAUCCAUAUCCUUGAUGGAGAUUCUGCUUUAAUUACCUUUCAAGGAGUAGGCUUUGAUCCACAAGUUAUGGGAGAAACAGCACAAUUUGACAAAGUUGUGUCUGCUGCAACAACACCAGUCUCUGCCAAAUUAACAGUACCUGGUCUGGCAGUAUAUUUAUCUCAGCCUCGGAUAUGUCUUGGCAAUAUCCCUGUUUACAGCAAAUGUAGCCGCCUUUUUUUCCUCAACAAUGCUUCUGAGGAUGAGGCCAUCAUUUUUACCUGGCAUGUGGGGAUCUCUCCUGCCAUGGUGGCACUGACGAUCAUACCUCAAAAUGGAAUUGUGCAGGCCGGAGAGAGCACUCAUUGUGUUCUUACACUGCAUGCUGGUGAAAAUCCAUGCUUCUACAAUGUGGAUUUGAUUUGUGAGAUUUUUACUCAAAACUCAUUAGAUCAAUAUGAGAAAGAGCUACAGGAAUGGGAAACUGAAAAAGGUCGCCAAGCUGUGGAGUUUACCAUCACGGAGAAAGACCUGGAUAUAAAGAAGGCCCUAAAGGAACCUUUCAAGGGAGCUCCAAAUGUGCCAGGAUUAUCAAAGCUUUCUAAAGAACUUACAAAGAUCAGAAAAUAUAAGACUCUUCCUCCUAUUAAGAACAUCUGUGAGCCAAAUGCCCCUGCUAGCCGAAGCCAGAGGAGGCACAUAAGGGACACCGAGGCCAGCAGGUUUUGGCCUAAGCCCGAACUCCCCAAGCCCUUUCUCAUGCACCUAGGCUUUACGGCCAGGUCCCACUCAAUUGAUGAUUUCUUGUUCAACUUCUCUAGUGAUUUGCCCCAGCACUUCCUUUACCGCCAACUGAAGAAGAAAACAGCAAGAAAAGAUUCUGUACAUAGGGCAUCGCUAUUCUCAAUUGUGAGCAAAACUGGAAAAGCAUCUAUAAAGGAUGUCACCCGGAUGGAUUUAGAAAACCGCACAGAACAAGAAGCCCAGCUGCUGACGGACAUGCUCUCUAUGGUGAUCAAGGGUUUAUUGGAGGAGACACAGUUCCAACAAGCAGUGGCCAGAAGCCUCACAGAACCCAUACCCUACUUCUGCCAAUUCUGGAGUGAAAAGUCAGCAAAACAGAAGAAGAGUCCAACUGGCACCUCUCCAGAAACGCCUUCCCCAGAAUUCAGUGCUAAAGAUAGGACAGAUGACGAAGAUUUGGGAAGAGAAACAGUACCUUCCAGAGUCACUUCAUGUGUUACAGAGAACCUAAGUGUCAUUAUUCGCAAGGACCAGUCCCGGGAAGAGAAAGAAUUCAUUAUCAGGAUGCCGGCAUUUGCAAAUCUGGCUGAAAUGGUGCUGGAUAACACCAUCCAGAACAUUCUGGUGGAGGCCAGUCGUGGGGAAGUAAUGCUGACAGCACGGCCGAGAAUCAUUGCACACUCUCCUGUUUUCUCCCAAAAAGGUGUCAGUCCCAUAGCUUCGAUGCACAGAUCACCUAUGAUGCAGGGGACCACUGAAAUCAAGAACUGUGAAGCGCAGCGGCACAUUGUUUUGGCCCCCUAGGAGCUCACGGAAGACUUUGGGAUCACUGUGGGUAUUACUAGUGGGAAGACUGCCCUUUGUGAUUAAUAUCCCUGCUGGAAGAUGCCCCUGCAGAAUUGGGUCCAAGGAGAAAUGACAUUUGUAACAGAAUCUGAUCUGAUUUUGUUCUGUGCAAAACUGGAAUGGCAGAGGGUCUUAUCCUGGAUUUAACAUUCAAAAUAAAAUUUCAUUUUCUAUCA